AUGCCUAUUACACUUCACCUUGUACGCCACGCGCAGGGCUUUCACAAUCUGUCGCUCAUCAACCAGCAAAUAUCAGACCCGUCCCUGACGCCCUUCGGCAGAGAGCAAUGCGCCGAGCUGUGCAAGGCGUUCCCUGCGCAUGACAAGAUCACCCACCUCGUCGCGUCGCCGAUGAGGCGCGCGAUCCAGACAUGCUACCUGUCCUUCCAGCCUGCCGCCACGGCCGGCAAGAAGGUCAUUGCGAUCCCGGAGGUGCAGGAGGUGUCCACGCUGCCCAGCGACAUCGGCACCGACCCCCGGAUCCUGCAGAUUGAGUUCGAGGACAUUGCGGACCUGAGCCAUGUCAAGCCGGGGUGGAACGACAAGAGCGCCGGCACGCCGUGGUCGCCGACGCUGGACAGGCUCACGGCCCGGGCCAAGGCGGCGCGGAGGUGGCUCCGCAAACUCGGCCAGGAGGCCGGGGGUGAAGCGGACAUUGCGGUGGUCAGCCACGGAGGUUUCCUGCAUUUCCUCACGGAAGACUGGGAUGGCAUGGACCCGGCGAGAGGUACUGGUUGGCAGAAUACCGAGUACAGGUCGUACGAGUUUGUCGACCCGGAGGGGGAUGACGACGUCGCCAGCUUGCGCGAGACGAAGCCGAGCUGGAGACGACGACGAGGCAGCGCCAUUGGUCUGACGGAGACAGAACAGCGAGAACUACGAGCUGUUGUUACUCGUCAAAUGGAGGAAGAGUUCGAGUGGCUUGCCAAGGAGCCCCCGUCCGUGGCCGUAGAGUGA